CAGCUCUCAGUGUGUGGGAUCCACAAGUUCAGGGAGAGUUGGGGGGAAGUUGUUUCCAGGCCACGGGUGCUGAGGAGCUGUUGCUGUGCAGGGGAAUUCGCAGCGCCUUGAUUAGAUGGCCAGACCCACCUAACAUUCCCUACUCCUUCCCUUGUCGACCUCAGACAGCUAUGACCUCUACACUGUUGGACUUUAACCUCAUGGACACAGGCCAGGAGGACAUUAUUGUGAACCGCUGUGACCUGGAAGUGAAAGGAAACUAUCAACUCAUUCCAUCUAUUAUCUAUGCCAUGUGUUGCCUUUUUGGAGUCAUCUACUGCUUCUUUGGUUAUCGCUGUUUCAAGGCUGUCAUGUUCCUCUGUGGGCUGAUGUUUGGCUCCAUCAUCAUUUUCCUACUCUGUUACAAGGAGCGGGUUCUGGACAUUCAGCUGAGUGUGGAGGCCAGUGCUGGUAUUGGCCUUGGCAUCGGAAUCCUGUGCGGACUGGUCACCAUGCUUGUCCGUAGUGUUGGGCUCUUCAUGAUUGGCCUCGUUCUUGGCCUGCUGGUAGCAACUGUCACCCUCAUUGUGAUGGAGCAGUUCUACCACCCGCACACCAUCUGGGUGCCAGUGGGCCUUCUCAUUGGUGUCGGCAUGCUGUUUGCUGUCUUAACUUUACAGUGGCAAAAGCUCUUCACCAUUAUCUCUACUGCAGUUUUUGGUGGCGCCAUCAUCACACUGACUGUGGACUACUUCAUCGAGCUGUUUUCGUUGGCAAUAUAUGUCUAUGAGAGGCUCAAGAUCACUCCUUCAUUGCCCAUUUGUUGGUACAGUUGGGUGAUCCUUGCCAUCUGGCCAGUGCUGAGCAUACUGGGGAUUCUGGUCCAAUGGAAGCUGACAGCUGAAGGCUAUUCACACACUGAAGUCAUUAUCAGUAAACGACAAAAACGAGUGCAGUUGAUGAGAAUACGACAGCAAGAAGCAAAGAAACGACAGAGAGCGUCUCAGGCGGAGGGCACAUAUCGCAGGAAGCCAUACCCAGUCAAACGGUACACGGGAGACAUCCUUUCACCGAGCUACAUUCAGAGUAUCCGAGAUCGGCAGACAGCGACAUCCAUGAGUAGUCUGAACACAAACAUUCACACCGUUGUGGAUCUGGAUUACGACUGUGGUUCUACUGUCCCCCUCACAGCCACAACCCCUGUAGUCACAGCAUGAGCUAGUCACCAUCGCACAGCGAGUACUGGUCAAGGUUAUUAGUGAACAACCAGUUUAUUUAGCUCCCAGCUGGUGACAAGUAGAUAACAUGUUGACACUCUAGCCAUAAGUCUCCACACACCAUGGUCUGUGGGUGUGUAUCUCUCUCUCUCUAGGAAUCACAGUUCCUGCAAGUAUGAAGAAAUCUUUGAGUCUGUUCAUUUGUUACCUGCCUGAGUAUGUUUUCAGCAAUCUGACUGAAAGGAGUUGAACAGGCACCUCACACUCUGCUAAUGAAAGGGUGCUUGGCAUGGGAGUGGCACAUCACCAGUUAAGGAAGUGACCCAGCAGAUAAAGUUACGUGCCCCGUGUCCACAAAGAAUAAUCAGGACAAGUGUGCAGCUCACCUGUGACCUUGGAUUCUGCCUGUUGCAGACGACAUAUUUUCCAAUUUGCUUACCAUCCACUCUCAACAGGUUGUCAUCUUUGGGCCACCAGUCUGGCAUUUUAUGCAGCCACAAUUCACAUUGAAUUUCUUUCUAAGCAGCCAUUUAACAUGUAACCUAUUCAACCACUUGCUUCUCAAGCCCAAAUUAUUUCAUGCCCUUGUCUAGUAGUUUAAAACAGCACAAUUGACCUUUAAGCAGUGAACUAUCUCCCUCUAAACUUGCCUCUAACAAGUGUAAUCCAGCAGAGUAAAUGGCCAAAUGUUUUUCUGGUUUUCUCUGCCUGUGUUCCUCCUAAUACUGAUCAGAGAUUUAAAAUCAUUGUUUGCGAUGAGUACCUAUUAUUUCCUGCUUUCCCACCUUUUCAAAUUCCAGAUCUGCAUGAAUCAAUUCAAGAUUCAAAUACCACUGGAAGGGCCAGGUCUUUCCCUUCAUCCUUAGAUGAAUGUAAAUAUCUCCAGUACCUCUUGACUAUUCAAAUGGUCUUCGCAUCUGGGACCACAGCUCUCAGUUGAUGAAGGACAGUCACAUUGCUUCUGUAAUGAAAUGAACUCUGGAUGGGAAUCUGUUGGAGAUAGACUGAUGGCAUUGUUUAUCUGUAUACAAUUCAAAACAGAAAUGUACUAGGUCAAAGGCGGAUAAAGGCAGAAGGUGCACAUCUCUAUGGUGAAAAGACAAAACGUAUUUGCAUGAUGAGUAAUAAGCUCUCGAUUCUAAUUGACAGUAUUACAGCCUGACCUAUACCCUGUCGAUGGUUCUAUACUCCUGUGUGACUCCAUCCACAUAGACUGCACGUAUCUCUUAGUUCAUUUUUUAAAAAAUGCAGCUCUUAUUUGCAAUGAAGGUAAGUGAAAUGAAAAGACAGAAAAACAUCUUUACGCACUUCAGCUUGAAGGACAUAUGUGAAUGGGCAUAAAGAAUGAACAGGAGAUUGCAUUCAGCUUAGAAGACUGACGUGGAGAGAAACAGACUACACAAUGUUUCAGUGUUGGAAUAUUCAAUAAUUCCUUAGGUUAAUCUUGAUAGUUAUUGAAAGAGAAGCGUAAAAUGCAGGGACUUUCUGUGCUGGUGACAAGUACUGUACCAUGUAGUAUUUGCUUUGGGGAAAGCAUUUCAGCAUUACCAGAAGUUUGCCAGUGACAGUUAAGUGUGAGUGCUUAGCACAGAGCAGUCUGCAGUUCCUCCUGUGGACUUCAGUGUCUUGUGACAGUUGGGUUCCAUUGUCAGUCCUGACCAGUUGCCAUUGCAACUCUUGAAGGUCUUGGGUUUUCAGUUUAACCAGCCAGAUCAGAGAGGGUCAAACAUUUUUUAGGCUUUGAAUCUGCCAACUUUCAGCAGGAAGAAGGGAGAGAAUUUUAAAGCAUUUGAAUCUGUUUCUUGAAAUGUCUCCUUUCAAAUUGCAUUUUAACAGCCUGACACAUCUGAGGGAGCUUCUUUAGGUGAAUGUGUUUGCAGUGCAGGCACUUGGCACUUGACUGAGUUUUCACUCUCUUCAGGUUCCUUCAAUUCUUUGGACUGCCAGUCUUGUUGGAGGACUGUUCUGUGGGUGCUAGAUGUUCUCUGAUGCCUGGUCCAAGAGGCCAUCCUUUCUGACCGUACACAAGAACUGUAGGAACUUCCCAUCUGAACCCAGUCCCAUCAUCACUUGAGCGACACACACUCACACCGAGAAUACUGAGGACUGUGAGGAAUGGGCAUUCCUAGUUGUUUUUUUUUAUCUUCCCCUGCCUGGUGCAGCGGCACUUAAGGUGAUCAGUGUGCUCCUGUGUUGAAAGUGGAACUCACUCCCACAGGGAGUGGUUAAACGGAAUUGUAUAAAUGCAUUUAAGUGGAACCUGGACAAGCAUAUGAGGAAGAAGGAGUAGAGAGUUUUAUAAUGAUGGAUUUAGAUGGGAUAAGUUGGGAAUGGCUCGAGUGGAACAUAAACACCAGUCCUAUGUGAUCCUAUGACUGUCCCAGGUGAAAUCAAGUUAAACCUGACACAGAUUGGCGAUUGAAACCAUGGAUUCUCCUUCUCUACGUUAAUCAGAAUUGCACGAUGCCAUCAGGAAACGUACAUGUUUGUGUUCAUAACAGAUGUUAAAUAUCAUCAGUGACUUCUUGCAGUAUGUGGUUCCAUUUUUAUAUUGUGUCAAUAUUGAUGUUGAUUAUGAGCUAACAUUACACACUAUUUCCCUGAAUUA